CCGGAAAAACAGUCAUCUCACUGUGUUGCUGCUAGCUUCUUCUGCUCGUAUUACCGUAUAACUCAGUAAAUUCCAAGUGACUUUUCCGGUGAUGAAUAUGUCCUUUUGAUCACGUUAUUCGUCGAUGAUAACAAACAUCUAGUUCUCUUUGUUAGUUUUGCAAAGGCCUUUUUGUUGAUUGCCGAUCCCCGCCUUUAGCAUCACGUCUAUCGUCUUACAUAAUGUGGCGAUAAGCUGACUAUGGAGCUGGUUUAGAGUGUUUUUAAAUAUACGCACUGAAUUCUCUCUCAGCACACGCGUUUGAGGUGAUUGUUUGACGAUGGCGAUUAGAAGGAUCUAUAUCAGCAUAGGAUAUGCUAGCUUUGGCGCUCUGGUUGGACUUUCGGCUUUUUUGGUCUGGAAUAUUGUUUAUCAUCAGCCAUGGACGGCGGCGAUGGGAGGCCUUUCAGGUGUGUUGGCACUGUGGGCUUUGGUCACUCACGUCAUGUACCUUCAGGACUACUGGCGCACAUGGCUUAAAGGUCUUAAGCUCUUCAUUGGCGUCGGCAUGCUCUUCUGCAUUGUGGCCAUGACGGCAUUCGUCACCUUCAUGACACUGGCCAUCACACAGAAGCAAACAUUGACUGAUCCAAGGAGUCUUUACCUGUCGUGUGUGUGGAGUUUCAUAACCCUCAAGUGGUCCUCCAUCUUGGUCUUUUACUCAUACCGAUACCGGCAAGAGUUUGCAGAUAUCAGCAUCCUCAGUGAUUUUUAGAAGGACAGACUUCCAGGGUUCUACAGCGCUUAGAAGAUUUUUUGGAACUAAGAAGGCUCCUAGGCGGAUUAGUCGUCUUGACUUUGCCUGCCAGGAUGUGCACUCGUGUAAUUUUAUUUAUAUUUCAAAUUGUUAAGUCUUCUUUUCCGCAAAACCAUUUCCUUCCACUUUUAUUAUAUUACCAUCUCAGUUGGUUUUAAUCAGAAAUAGAUGGCGCCAUUCUGUUUAAAACCAAUGGUAUGUUUUAACGUGGCGGCAAACAGUUCAAAAGGGAGGCAUUAGAUGGAUACGAUCAUCUGAAAAAGUCAAUUUAAUAAUAUGUCCAAUUUGAUCAUUCAUGUACUUGAGCUACAGUACCAUGAAUUCUUCUCUGCUGCACGCACAUCCUUUUAUUGGUUUCUUCAAGAAAAGAUAAGUCUCAUUUUGCCUGUUUAGCUUUUCAUCAACAUUUGAAAACAGAUAUUGUGCACCACAACCAGUUUUUUUUCGAACGCUACUUCUAUACAUUUACCAAACUGACUUGGGCUGGAUUAACUUUGCAUGACUCAAGAGACACAAUUCCAAUGUAUUUAUUAUGUCUUUUUUUUUUUUUUAAUUAAAUGCAGAGUCGAUGUGAGCUUGACGUCAUAAUACACAAAAUAGUGACUAACAUUAAGCCACUCAUGUCUGCUCAAACAACACACUCAAAGCACCUGCAAAAGAAUAGAAUGCUUAAUAUGCUGGUAAUGAUAUGUUGGAGGUGCUGAUAAAUAAGAAGUAUAAUUGCAAAUGGAAGCCUGUUUGACUCAAACAAUGCCAACUAAACUUUGUUUUUCAAUUAUGUACUAUACUUCCAUGGUCAAUGUUACCUUUUUUGUUGUUGUUACUUGUCAGGCUUUUAAGGUGCAAUUUGGAUGUGUUCCUCCAAUUUAAACACAGUUAUAAUAUGGGAUAGCUCACUUUGAAAUCACUACCCCCAAAAAAAUCAUCUCAGCAUUUACUUGCAUUCAGGGACCCGCAUUACAUUUUGUAGCUUCUCAUUAGCAGUGAUUACUUUGGCAGGCGUUUGAUGAACAUUCUCUCACAAGGCAGGGUGAACGUAAGGCAUCCAUCAGAUGUGUAAUACAUAUUCCUUUUACGAACCUUAUUGUUAAUUUGAAUUAAAAAAUAUGAAUUGAUAUCGAAAAAUGCAUUUUAAUGUUAUUAAAACCAUAGACCAUUUGUAGGAUUUUUUUGUGUAUUCAUGUGACCUUGAUUGUCUUUCAUACACUUUGAUAUAUGUUUAUUUUAUGAUUAGAUUUAUUCUUUAUGUGCCGCUCUUUUGUUACACAUGACGAGAGCAGCCCAGUGCAGGGUCAUGUUAAGCUCCACCAGGGGGAGACCCAACAUCACACUUUUUAAAGACAUGGUUGAUUGCACUUUAAACUUGACGCCGUUGUGAAGGAACACACUUGAAUUAUAUUUGUUGUUUGUCUGCUUUACAUGUGUGUCACUCUAUACUGAAGAUAAAGAGUUUUAAAAUAGCUUUGUGUUUUUGUGAAUAAAUAUGAGGAACCCUCAGUAAACAUACAAAAACAUCAAAUUGCAUUACUUAAUUCCAUGUGUCGUCUUAUACCAAUAAAGCGAUUUAAC